GGGGGGCAUAUUUAUAUGGACAGUCUGCUCAAUUGAUGUUGAAAAUGCUGUUUAAUUGAUUUAAUUCUUCACAGAUUCUAGUAAAUUCUAUCUCUUGCAUCAAAUAUUUCAAGAGCAGUCUCACUCGAUUAUUGAAGAUUGCCUAGAAAGAUGGGCUUGUUUAGUGAUGAUAACAGUGGUGGCAUCUUCAGUGGAAGCUCGAAUCAUACGUGCCCAGCCACAUCGCUUGACGAAGACUCCACAGUAUUAGUCGUCGGAAACUUUACUUUCUAUGAAAUCAACAGGAUUGUGUCUGGUGCCUUUACCGCCGCCACAUGCGUUACUAUUUUCACGCUGAUGGCGAUGCAUUCCAUAAAUAUGACAAAAUCAAACGAGCAAGUAAAAAUCAUGAAAAUAUGCCUGAUGAUCCCGCUCUACUCCUUGAUCUCGUUCCUAUCAGUCUAUUUCCCCAAAGCCGCCGUCUAUCUUGGACCAUGGCAGGACUUUUAUGAAUCUCUUGCCAUGGGAUAUUUCUUCCUUCUGCUGGGAGUAUUUAUAUCCCCCAGCGACCAACAACGGGAUCUAUUCUUUGCUGCGUUCAGGGUUCCUCAGAAGAAAAACGAAGACUCGCCAAUAAACGGCAUUGAGUGGUAUAGGAAACGAUGGAUUGCUAUCUUUCAAUACCCCAUUGUCGCUCUCGGAGUCGCCGUAGCUACCGCUAUCACCCAAGCUGUCGGCAUCUACUGCGAAGAAAGUAACAAGCCCUAUUUUGCUCACCUCUGGAUCGAAAUCAUCUCCAAUGUGUCCCUCGGGUUAUGUUUGACGUCCAUCCUUGCAUUUUACACUGCAUUGAAAAAAAACUUAGUCGGACAUCAUCCAUUAACAAAGCUGCUCGCUUUCAAACUUUUAAUCGGUCUCUCCUUUCUCGAAAGUAUCAUAUUCCUCAUUUUAACGUCCACCAACGCCCUCCAUGCCACCGCAACCAUGACCUACGCCGACGUCAAAGUCGGCAUCCCGAAUCUCCUCAUCUGCGUACAAACCCUGCUCUUCUCUUUAUUCUUUCACUACGCCUAUAAAGUCAGCCCGUACCGCACACAGUCCAAAGAAGCAAUUCUUAUCCCUAGCCAUGAGGGGCAAUACGGCCCUGGCGACAACUACAACCAGCUGCCACCAUCGUAUAACCAAUCGAGAAUGAGUGCUGGUCGAGCUUGGUUGGCGAUGCUCGACCCCCGCGAGAUUCUGAGUGCGAUUAAGUUUAUGUUUACUAUGCGCAGUGAGGCUGAGAUGGGGACUAGUUAUGAUGGUGGCUACGGUGGCAAUACCGGUCUUGAGCCUCUUCGGAGGAAUAGGUAUAGUUAUUAG